AACCCAAACGCAGAAGCAACGCAACCUCCUCUUCUCCUCCCCCAUUUCCUCGCGUCCCCACCUCUCCUUCCUCCUGUCGCGCGACGAAACCCUCCCCUUCCACCAUGGCGGAGUCGCCCGAGAACGCCGCCGCCGCGCCCGCGCCCGCGCCCGUCCCGCCCCCGCCGGCGCCGAAGCCGUCCACCCCGCCGCCGCCUCCCAAGUCGGGGAUCCCGCCGCGGUACGACCUGGACGCCAAGUGGGACGCCUGCCUCGACCUCUCCAUCCGCCGCGUCGCCUACGCCUCCCUCGCCGGCGUCUUCGGGGGCCUCAUCCUCUUCCGUAGCCCAACAACCCGCUGGGCGUCAGUUGCACUUGGAGCUGGUGUGGGAAUAGGAGCUGCGUACACUGAAUGCUCGUACAUAUUCAAUGGUUCUCCUCCGAAGUGGUCACCCAAAGUUCCAUCUGUUCCUUCUGCUCAUUCUGAAGGAGGAGACAAGUAAAUGUCAUUCGGCUGGCUGGAUCAGCAGUCCAUCUUGGUGGAGUUUUUGGAGUGUUGUUGAACCAGCUGUUUCAUGUCCUGAUAUCGCCACUUGUGGUCAUAGUAGUAUCACCUUGAAAUUAGCAUGCCCUACCCGUGAUUUGUCUUAACAGUUAUGCGAAAAACCCAUUCCCUACUGCGGUCUCUGAUGACCCCCCAUGGCUGCUGCGCACUGCAAAGAGCUUCAUACGCUCCGUCUUCAAUCGAUGGUUUUGUGACUGGCAAUAAAUUUUCCAUCUUGUUUUACUGUGUUGCGGCAUGCUCACCAUUAUACAUUUUGUACAAUACGCGUUCAUGGGUGUUUGUUCUACUCUUUGAGUAGGAUUGCCUUUCUAAUAUGGGUUAAAUUUAUCAGCUGUCA